ACAACCUAAUUGAUGAAUAUUUACACCAUUUCUCGAUCACGACCAAAAUUUAAGACACCAUUUUAAGAUCGAAUUUGGAGUUUUAAAAAUGCCGUCACCGCUAGUAACAAGUUAAUUAAAACAAAAUGUGAAUUGUUAUGAUGGAUCACAUGUAGUGUACAACACUGCAAACACAACAAUCAACAUUGUAAGAGCAUCCAGCUGCAGGUCCAUCUCCAUUCCAUUAACAACGAUGGAUGAUGCAGACAUUGGUGAUUUAUCUAGUAGAGCACCUGAAGAGGGAUAUCUAUUAGUACGAAUACAUGUACCAGAGCUGAAUGUUCAAAAAUGUUUACAGUUCCCAAAGGAUCAACUUGUUUGGGAUGUCAAACAGCAAUGUUUGGCUGCAUUACCAAAGGUGGCCUCCUGGUUCAGGGAACUGAAAGAAAGCUUCAAUUAUGGAUUAUUUUGUCCACCCAUAAAUGGAAAAGCUGGAAAAUUUUUAGACGAAGAACGUCGACUUGGAGAUUAUCCGUUCAAUGGACCAGUUGGAUAUUUGGAGUUAAAGUACAAAAGACGAGUAUAUAAAAUGCUAAACUUGGAUGAAAAACAAUUAAAAGCUUUACAUACUCGUACAAAUUUACGGCGACUUAUUGAAUAUAUUAACAAUGGUCAAGUGGAGAAAAUUACUAAAAUGUGUUCGAAAGGUCUCGAUCCAAACUUUCAUUGUCAAGAAACGGGAGAAACUCCUUUGACUUUAGCAACUGGUAUUAAAAAACCUGGAAAAGUUUUAAUCGCAUUAGUAAAUGGUGGAGCAUUACUGGAUUACAGAACUCGUGAUGGAUCUACAGCAAUGCAUCGAGCUGUCGAACGGAAUUCAUUAGAAGCGGUUAAAACUUUACUGGAACUUGGUGCAUCACCGAAUUAUAAAGAUGCAAAAGGUCUCACACCGCUCUACCUCUCCGUUACAAAUAAUUCUGAUCCAUUAUUGUGCGAGGGUCUGUUGCAUGAUCAUGCUACAAUUGGAGCACAAGACUUACAAGGCUGGCAAGAAGUUCACCAGGCAUGUCGAAAUGGUUUAGUUCAACAUUUGGGCCAUUUAUUAUUUUACGGUGCUGACAUGAAUGCUCGAAAUGCAUCUGGUAAUACACCUUUACAUGUGUGUGCCGUAAAUAGUCAAGAAUCUUGUGCACGUCAACUAUUAUUCCGUGGAUGUGAUCGGAAUGCAUUAAACUAUGCAAACCAAACACCUUACCAAGUUGCAGUGAUAGCUGGCAAUUUAGAUUUGGCAGAAAUUAUACAAAAUUAUCGAAUUGAAGAUGUCGUCCCUUUCCGUGGCCCCCCUAGUUACAAUCCACGACGGCGUUCUGGAAUCUACUCGGCUAACAUUCUGAGUUCUGGAAUGUGUGGCACCUUAACUAGAGUACCAAGUGAGCCCCGUCUUAUGCAUGUCUUAAGUCCCCCGUCCCCAUGUUCAUCGGAUCGAUCAAGUUCAGCAGCUCCAUUCAGCUCAGCAAGCUCCAGUUUAAGUGAUAACAGCUCAGGAACUGGAUCUGUACAUCAACAUGAAACAGACAACGCAAGCAUUGUUACAGUUCUGGCGCUCGGUGUUGCAGAAAAAAGUCUUGGUGACACAAGCGACAUCAUCUCUGACAGUUCUGGAGUUGGCACAUCAAAUUCAGAUACCACGACAAAUUGUUCCUUCUCGAUGCCCGGCACUACUGUUGUUUGUUUGGAGAAUUAUUCUUCUAAUCUUCCAGGCCAUCUGCGUAUAUGCCAAGGCGAUAUAAUUGAAGUAACUGGUGCAACAGAUUGUGGUCUUUUAGAAGGCACACUUCGAGGGCCAGGAGGACAUUCAGGACUGUUUCCGACUCAUUGUGUACAAGAAGUCAGAUUACGACAUGGAAUUCAACCACCUAUAAUAACCGCUGCUAGUCGUGAAAGAACAACGAAUCGUAUGGUUCAAAGAAGGGAUUCACAACAGAAACAUUUUGCAACCGCCCCUAGGCUGAAAAAAACAUUACCAGCGGAACCUCGAACAGUAGUUUUGCAUAGAGCAAGGAAAGGUUUCGGUUUUAUUUUACGUGGAGCAAAAGCUACGUCACCAUUAAUGGAAUUGCAACCUUCUGAAAGAUGUCCGGCACUUCAGUAUUUAGAUGAUGUUGAUAAAGGAGGAGUAGCAGAUUUAGCAGGGUUAAAAAAAGGAGAUUUUCUUUUAGCGAUAAACAAUGAAGACGUAUCGGCAGCAUCACAUGAACAUGUGGUCGACUUAAUUAGAAAGUCAGGAGAUUUGGUUUCUAUGACGGUGGUGUCACUAGAUGCAACUAUAAGCACGUCUAUACCGAAUAGUAAAUCCGCUGCUACAAUUCCAAGUCAGGGUAACCAAUCAACUGGAACAUCAUUAGCACGACAAUAUGCAACUUUACCGAGAAAAAUGACAACUAGUCAAUCUGGGACACUUGGUCGAUCUCCUGCUCCAUUACCACCUCGACGAGAUCCGAAAACAACUUUGAGUGUAGGCAGAGCAAGAGCGCGAUCAAUGGUUGCAGGAUUAGAAGGUGGAAGUGGUUGUGAAAGGGAUGAUUUGAAUGAAGAAUUAGCGAAAUCUAGUUCUGCCGAAUCCGUUCAUCAACAGUCACAAAUUGGAAACGGUGGACAGUAUAGUUCGGGAGGUAAUGGAACACCAGUACAACCAAGAACUGCAUCUAUUCGAGCUCGACCAACCUCAAAUCGAAUUACAGCUGCAGAAUUAGAAGAAUUAUUCCAACGGCAGCAAGGUGGCGGAGAUAGACAUAUGAUGAGCUCGUCAAAUUUCCAAACGCCACAAUCUCCAGCAAAAACUAAUCGAGUUUAUGCAAGUGUAGCAGAAAUGAAGCGCAGUAAAGGAAAAGCAAAUGCACGUGUAUUUUUUGCUUCAAGAAUUCCUGGCAACUCCGAAUUACAUCGAGAUUUUCAUAGCACACCAGAUCUAGCUCAUCAAUCUGGCAUUCAUUCCAAUGGUUCCAUAAAUGUUCGAAUACCAAAAUCCUAUCGUAGCCAAGAAGAUGUCAACACCCUAAUGCUCCUCGGAUCAGCAGGCAAUCGUCCACCAUUACCACCACCCACACACCCACCUCCACCACCACCAGUAAUGGGUCAAGUUGUAAAAGUUGAUGUAUCUAGGGGUGAUUAUGACAAUAUGACAGGGUUAAAUUCAGGCAAAGAAAACCCACAUCAAGAAGAAAAUGUGAUGUCGAGUUUUCGACCAGCCACGAGUGCAAAAUUAUAUGCAUCACCAGAAGAUGUAAAAACGGUUGGCUAUCGUUCGCGUAGUUUACCGUCUCAUUCUUCACGAACUGUUCGCAAAUCUCAAAGUAUGCGUACUCAAUCAUCACUUACGAAUGCUGUAACAACGUCAUCAUCUCCUAAUAAAAAUAUUGCAGCUCAAAAUAAUAAUACAAAUCCUUAUGCACAACCUUUUAAAACAACUAGAUCACAUUCUUCUGUUGGAACCAUGCAUCGUAAAAAACGGACCAUUUCAAAUAGUUGUUCGGCCGCUAAUUUAUCAUCGACAACAACAGGCCCUCCACCAAUUCCAGAACCUGAUUAUAGUCUUAGUGAAUCGGAUGAAGCAGGAGAUGAUGAAUCAGAUGACGAUACAAAUGUUGAAAAACAAAUUGAGAAAGGUAUUUCGAGGAUAAACGUCAAUCCACCAGCCGAAACAAGUGGAAACAGUAAUACCAGUGGUAGCAGCUCAGGGAGUGGUUCAUUAGCUCAUAGUUUCAGUGUAGAAGAAAUUCAAAAAGUUCGCACACAAUUAAAAUCAUCAAAAUCAUAUCCAAAUGAUUUCUUAUUACAACAGCAAAAUGAGGGUGAUAUUCAUUGUGAAGAUGGCGAUAAUUCAUCAAGUGGUGUAAGUUCUGAUCAAGAUGUACCAAUUGGUCCAGUAAAUGAUGUAGCAGAAUAUAAUAAUCAUAAUCGAACUAUACAAACAUCUAACAAUAACAAACAUGAGAAUAAAUUAACAAAUCGAAAUAGUCAUAGUAAUAAGAAUAGUAUGACAUUACCAACAUCGAAUAAAUCACAACGGAUGCAACAAAGUGGUGAACGAAAUUCGAUAUCAAUGGGCGGCGGAGGUAAUGGUAUGUUAACACGCCAUGCUGUUUCCUUAGCUCAAUUACCGCCGCCAAUUGAAGGUGACUCAGAUGAAAAAGAAGAAGUAUUUGUACCACCUCCACCAGAAUUCAUUGGUGGUAAUAGUCCUGGUACAACUGGUAAUGCAACUGGUGCUGCUGAAGCAGUCGUAUUAGCCCCACCGCCACAAUUUAGUGACAAAUUAACAAAUAAAGUAAGGAUUGUUGGAGCUGUGCCAAAAACAGGAACAAAUGGAAAGCCUGGAGGAAGAUUACAUAGUCAAUGAAUGAUGAAACUUAGUGAAUAAUUAUUUAAAUGUCAAUUUGGACUGUUGUCAGUGUUGUUGAUAAAUUUUAUACUUGUGUACAUUGUAAUACCAUUUACUUGGGAAUAAUUAAAUAAAAAACAAAACACUCUCAGUAAAGUGUACUUUUAGUUUAGGCACCAUAAUAUAAUUUCAUUUUUAAUCUCAGAACACUUUUUGCAUU